AGCGAAUUCUCGUCUGACUUUUGCCUCCGUUUGCUUUUGGUCUUCGUUCACUUUGCGCACAUUGAAAUUGGAAAACGAUUCGACGUGCAAUCCAAGAAUCCCAGAUCUUCUUUCAUAAUCAAGUACUUCAAUGCCUUCCUGACUCUGAUGUUGAAGCAUCGCCGUCGUCGUCAUCAUCAUCAUCAACGACCGCCGUUCCAGAAUGAAGCUUCUGUUUUCCAUCCUGUUCAUUUCCCUUCGCUUUUCCUCUUCCGUUGUUCCUGCUAUUGCUAGAGGCGGCAGUCCCAACUCUAACCCCACAGGCUACGGAUAUGGUACCAGCAGGCACUUGUUUGGGGACGAAGGAUCUCAGACAAGUGUUGAUGUCGCGCAAGGCUACAUGACUAAUUCUGACCUGGAAAAGGCCAUUAAGGACUUCGGCCAAAGGUGCAGUAACAUUUCUAGGGUUUACAGUAUUGGGAAGAGUGUGUAUGGGGUUCCUCUGUGGGUAAUUGAAAUUUCUGAUAAGCCUGGGGAGGAAGAGCCUGAACCUGCAUUUAAGUACAUUGGAAACGUGCAUGGAGAUGAACCUGUAGGUCGUGAGCUUCUAAUGCAUCUUGCUAAUUGGAUAUGUGACAACUAUUUGAUAGAUCCUGUGGCAACAUUGAUUGUGGACAAUGUGCAUCUUCAUAUACUACCAUCUAUGAAUCCUGAUGGGUUUUUACUGCGGAGGCGUGGUAAUGCAAAUAAUAUAGACCUAAAUCGAGAUUUUCCGGAUCAGUUCUUUCAUAUGAAUGAUGAUGUGGAUGUGCUGCAACCUGAAACAAGAGCAAUAAUGAAGUGGUUGAGAAAGAUACAUUUCACUGCAUCUGCCAGCUUGCAUGGGGGUGCACUUGUUGCAAAUUAUCCAUGGGAUGGGACUCAGGAUAAAAGGAAAACGUACUUUGGAUGUCCUGAUGACAAAACAUUCCGGUUCUUGGCUAGUGUGUACAGUCGUUCUCACCAUAACAUGUCCUUGAGCAAGGAAUUUGAAGGAGGAAUUACAAAUGGAGCUUCCUGGUACCCUAUCUAUGGAGGCAUGCAAGACUGGAACUAUAUAUAUGGUGGCUGUCUUGAAUUGACAUUGGAGAUUAGUGAGAACAAAUGGCCUAUUGCUAAUGAGCUUCUUACUCUUUGGGAAUACAACAAAAAGAGCAUGCUUAAUCUCGUUGCUAGCCUAGUACAGACAGGAGUACAUGGAAGGAUCUUUUCCUCAGAUGGUGGGAGGCCAUUGCCAGGCUCUAUUGCAAUCAAAGGAAUAAAUUACACGGUAAAAGCUAGAACAGCCUUUGCGGAUUACCAUCGCUUGCUUGCCCCUGGAGGAAGAUAUGAAGUCACAGCCAUUGUUCCUGGUUACAAAUCAAAGACCACGGUUAUUUGGUUGGAAGAAUCAGGCACAAAUGUAGAUUUUAUUCUUGAUCCUGAAGUUGAUCGCAGAGGGACUAUAUUACGCAGUGCCUGCAAAUGCAGCUUGGAUAGUAUGAACAUCAUUUGGGGGACCCCUUUGGAAGUAUAUUUGCUUUUGAUUGUUAUUGCGGGAUUCCUUUUGUUUUUAUACAGAAGGAGGACAUUUAGUCGGUUAAAACAGAGACAAUUAGCAGGAUCAAAAAGGCCAGUUGUGGUUUGAGGCUGUAUUGUUUUUUAUAUGUAAGAAUGUUUCUUUUUCUUUUUGAACAUUUAUUUGUAGGAAUGUUAGUUGUAUAUUCACUAUAUUGUUUUUGAUCCACUUAUUUAUUUCAAGAAGGUUAUUUAAUA